AUGGCCGAGGACGAACAUACUCACCUGCUAAUCGAUAUAAACAGUCUAGAGCGACCUCCAGAUGCACCUCGGGCCGCCGCGACCGAGCGGGCGGCAAUACCCGAGCUGACCGAGCAAUUGGCGGAACCAACGGCACCGCAGCCACUGCGACUUCAAACAUUUGAAUCGACCAAGCAGACAUCAGUGUUUUUGUUCGGAAUUCAGCGACGUGGACAUGGACAUAUUAAAUAA